UCAGAAACAGUUGCUGGCAUUACUCUCCAGUUAAUUUAAUUUCACUACCACGAACGAACGGUAGAUUUGUAUUCAAUAUCUGGAAGUUGCUCUACGCUGCUAUUUUUGUACAAUGAAGAGGUUACAGAACUUGAUUUAAGAGAUAAAUGAUGCCACUAUCUCGGUUGUGAUCAUCCACUAUUAACUUUCAAUUGUGGGAUAGUGAACUUUGAGGAAAGCAUACUUUCUGAUCUGCAUUGCAUCUGUUUGGUUAUUAAAAGCUAGGAUCAGGGAGAGUCAUGUCUAAGACAAGCUGCUUCCCGAAAUCUCGUAGAGCAGAUGAUGACGGUCGCAAGGGUAAGAGUAAAGCGUCCCAGGAGAUAGCAUUACAGAAUGAGGCCUCUACAAUACCAGAGGAAGUUCGUGCACACUCCAUUGUUGAGUUGGAGAGAGCGCCCGGAGUAGGAUUCGGUUUGACAAUCUCAGGUGGUAUAGACAAAGAUGGCCGACCCAGAGUUACCAACAUGCGUCCGGGGGGCGUGGCCCAUCGCAGUGAUGUACUUCAGACUGGAGAUUUCAUCACAUCAGUCAACAAUGUGAAGACUGUUACGCUGCGACAUGACGAGGUCAUCACUCUCUUGAAGAAUGUGGGCAAUAAGGUCUCUCUGGAGAUAGAGUAUGAGCUCCCUGUAUAUACUCCCUUGAGCCCAUCAACGGGGUAUUCUAAGACUCUGGACAUCAGAUUGACCAGAGAAGACGGUAGCUAUGGAUUCACCAUCAGGGGCGGAGUCAAUGCAAACAGCUCAAAGACACGCCCACUGGUUGUCACGCAUAUCAGACCGGGUGGACCAGGUGAUAGGGAGGGGUCGUUGAAGGUUGGUGAUAGAUUGGUAGCCGUGGAGACAACGAACCUGGGUCAGGCCUCUCACAUGGAAGCACUCAACAUCAUUAGGCAAGGAGGCAACAGCGCUGUGCUGAGAUUUGAAUAUGAUGUCUCUAUCAUGGAGGCAGUGAAGAAUGCCACAGGUCCAUUACUGGUAGAGGUCUCCAAAACCCCCGGUGCACAUCUAGGUGUGGGACUGAGCUCAAUUCCAAGGAACGGAAAGGCAGUAAUAAUCAUAGAUAAUCUGAAGCCUGCCAGUAUAGCAGAUAGAUGUGGUGCCCUUCAUAUUGGUGAUGAGAUACUGACCAUUGAUGGAUUGACCACUACUCACAUGGGUGUAGCCGAAGCCAUGAAACUGUUAGCGUCCGGUACAGAGCAGGUCAAGCUUGAGAUACUACCGGUCAGUCAGAUGACCCCUAGAUUGACCUACUCGAGAGAUAUGCAGAAAUUGGGAGGUCAACCAUCACGAUCUACAACCCCCUUGAUGCCAGGGUAUAGCCAUAGUAGCCUGUCUAGGGUAGGAACAAUGAACUCACAGAACACAAGGCAACAGAGCAGUACCUUGGCACGUAAACUCAGAUCGAAGGGACAUAAGACGGGAUCGAUGUUAUCCCUUGCAUCAACCAUCAAUGGCCUAUCAUCACCUCAAGUAUGUCACACAGACUCUGUGGAUGUUACCCUAUACUCCAGGACAGGUGACUACGGUAUACAGCUACAGAGUGGUGUCUUUGCUACGGAAAUCCUAGGCUCUCCUGCUGUCGUUGGAUUCGUAGAACCAGGAGGAAAGGCUGAAAAGAGUGGUGUAAUGCAGCCUGGUGACCGUUUGAUUGCUAUCAACGGUAGCUACACAGAAGAUAUGACAGCAGACGAAGCUAAUCAUAUCCUAAGGGAAAGUGCACCUCAGGUCACAUUGGAAAUAGAGUUUGAUAUUGCAGAGUCUGUUGUGCCCAGCAGUGGUGUCUUUAACGUUAAGUUACCUGUCAGUGAGAUGGGUCUUGGUAUAACACUUACAAGUCUUAAACACAGAAGGCUAGGUGAUGGGCUUCUUAUAUCAACUGUGAAGAAAGGCAGUGUAGCAAACAGGAGUGGUACGUUAGAACCAGGUGAUCAAGUUCUUGCCAUAGAUGACAUCCAUUUAGACAGUAUUACAGUAGAAGAAGCCAUGCAUCUCUUGGCUCAGGCAGAUGAAAUCGUCAAACUCAAGGUCAAGAAGAAUGAGGCUUAUUCGGAUGAGCCUGAUGUAAGCGGUGCAAUAUCUUACUCGGUGGAGCUGGUCAGACAUGGUGGUCCGCUGGGUAUCACAAUCUCAGGAACAGAAGAACCUUUUGAUCCUGUCAUUAUCUCUGGACUCACAGAGAAUGGUCUAGCUGAGAGGACUGGUGCUAUCCACUUGGGCGACCGUCUACUAGCCAUCAAUGGCGUCUCGCUGAAGGGCAAGACAUUGUCUGAAGCUAUUCGUCUCCUGCAGUCUGCUGGAGACACGGUGGUCCUCAAGAUCAGCAAGAAGGAGAAGCACCGGGGACAUGACCAGGGCAACAAACCAUCCUCAAGAAGCCAAAGUCCUAGUAGGUUCAGUAGAGUAGCUACACACUACGACGCAGACCACAUCGCUACGCCAGUCAUGAUCCAGACCAAUGGAGACUCAUGGGAAGGCUCGGGUAUGGAUACCGGUUACCAUAGUAACCACACGCAUCACUCUCGUUCCCACUCCCCAAAGACCAGCCGCUCCCGACGCAGCAGCAUGUCUCCUUCGAGACGAAGCAAUCGCCCUAGGAGGGUGCACAACUCUUCACACUCCACAUCACCCAAUGAUGCCAGCGAAGAUGAGCUUGAUGAGCGGCGAAGGGCUUUCGUCAACGGUGCCAAUGGAUCGUAUCCAGUCGAUAUCCUGAGCUCAGAUCAAGACGACAGUUACGCCCACUCUCAGCACAGCUACCAUCCUCACGAAGCACAGAUCGCCAAGCACAGAGAGUUCCUACGUCAACUGGAAGCUAGUUUCCUCAACACCGAUCAGUUCACAUCGAGCGAGAUGCGACGGGCUGGUAGCGUCGGUCACGGCUACUAUCUCAACCAACCGGGCACGGUCGGGGGACGUAAACCGAGCACCAGCUCUCUUCAGAUGUACAGUGACUCCUCCCAUAGCUACACGCUGCCACCCCAUGCUCCUACGGGUGGGGGAGGGGGUGGAUACAACCAGUUUGAGAGCUUCAGCUCCAAGAGUGAGAGUGUGAACACAACGCACCAGAACGUCAUGAAUCAGAACGAUGCCUCACACCUGGGAGAUGAGUCGACGGUAUCUGAGGCACCGAACCCUGCACCGGUGGAGCUCCACAAGGUUUCCCUCAAGAAGGACAGUGAUGUAGAGGACUUUGGAUUCAGUGUGUCCGAUGGCAUAUCAGACAAGGGUGUGUUUGUGAAUACAGUGAGACCUGGUGGACCAGCUUCACGCAGUAGCAAUGUCAAGCCCUUCGAUAGGAUACUCCAGAUCAACCAGACGCGUACCCAUGACUUUGAUUGCUGCAUGGUAGUACCGCUCAUCGCUGACUCUGGUAACAAGCUGGAGUUGGUCAUCAGUCGUAACCCGAUGGUCAAGCACCAGAACGGUGGUGGUGAUGAGGAAGGGUCGUGGUCCGGUGUAGAGAACGGUCAUUUCGUUCAGAUGCAACCUGCUGCCGCGGCACAAUUCUAAACUGGACACAGUUCUAAUCUGCAAGACACUGCAAGAAAAGUAUUAGAAACUUUUUUGAGGGAGAAGGGGGGGGGGGGGGGUACGGUUGAUAUGAUAAUUGACAAUAGCCUAAAAAGGGCUUUAAAUGAUGACAUACAUAGUCCUCAAUAAAUCGUAAUUGGCUUCCUUUGAUCUAUGCAACUCAUACAUUUUUACUGUUAAAAGUAAACUUACUUCAAGUUAAACUUCCUAAUGUUAAUCUUGACAUACAAUCAAACCUGUCUAUUGAGGCCACCCAUAGAGAUAGUGACCACUGUAGACAGGUGGCCUUUCUAGACAGGUUCUACAAGUACAACACACAUUUCUUUCAUGAGGGAGACAAAACACAUGACCACUACAGACAAGUGUCCUUCAUGGAGCAAUGACCACUAAUUAAGAUGGAUUAGACUGUAUUUCUGAUAACGUUAAAGAUAACUGAAACUGUAAAAUUGGUCUAAGUAGAAAAGAUAUUGGAUAGCAAUCUUUCACACUGAUUUGUGCUAGGGAGCUUUCAAGGUGGAAUUUCUUGGUCUCAAUACCUUUUCUACAUAGAUUUUUCUAGUUACUGUAGUACGGAUUACCACCUAAUCUAAACUAUUGCUUAUUUGUUUAUACAACAAAAUAGAACUCUAAAUUAAAAGGGAUCAGAUUACAGAAUUUAUUUGUCUGAUAUUUUUACUCAAGAAACCAGAUGAAUGAGCGGUUUGAUAAUGUAGUUGUUCAUAAUUUCUAUUGAUAUUCCAAAAAUAUAAUGGUGCCAUUUUACAAUUAUGCAAAUUCAUCUCAAAUAUAUUUUUGGCUAACUCUCCAUACUUGUAAUAUAACAGAAUGUAUCAAAAAUAUGCCAGAUCUUAAUUUUGUAAGAAAAAAAAAAAUGAUUUGGUAUAUUACUACAUCUUGCCUCUGUUAGUCGUCUGUAAAUAUGAUUAUUUUUGCUAUGAGAAAAGACUCAUGUCAAAGUUAUCUACAUAUCUUAUUCUGAUUAUUGCUGCAGGUGAUCUUAUCGUGCAGGAAUUCAGUUCUGUGUGCAUUACAUUCUAUAUCUCAGUAUAUCUGUAUAUAUUUAUUUAUGAUUUACUGUUCAUUUCAGUCUGAGUCUGUACAUUGCGGAAUAAACUGUUUAGCUACAUUGUACAUGUUCUUGAGAGACAAAACAUGGAAAAGAGUUAUCAGUUUUAUGUUGAAGCAGAUAUUGUGUUUGAGUGACGUUGAUCUAACUGUCAUUUUUCAAAUCUGCUAGACUUGCAAGUUGUAAAGUGAGGGUUCUGUGGUCAAUCCCAAGAAAUAAUGACAAAUGUGAGUAUUUCUGUCAUAACAAAUGAUUUAUUUUAUCUGACAUACAUGUAGGGCUGAAUCAAGUCAUUAGAAAACAUCUCCUUUAUAGAAAUGGCAAGAAAUUUAGAAUUCUCUGAUACAACUCCUUUUCUCUUACAGCUGUAUGAAGAAGCUAUUUAAGCAACUUGGCCUUAUUGAUAAUUGCAUUUUGUAAGACAGCAUUUGCCGGUGGCCUGUAAGUAAAAAUUGUGUAAAUUUAAUGGAACGUUAGGUAAACAAACAUGGUGCUAACUUUAAUGUAUAAAUGACAAAAGUAAGAUGUUAAAAUUGCAUGUAUUCUGUCCUUCAGUGAUCUAUUGUAUUGUUCAUAUUACCAUUCUUACCUUUCUUCAUUUUUCUUUCCUGUCAUCCCCCCCCCCCCCCCCCUCCUUCCUUUUUCUAUUUCUGUUUUGGAUUUGGUCAGAAGUAUUAUGGAUACCAUUUUUGAGGUUGUUUCAUGAAUAUCAUGUUUUUUUGUGGUUGUCUCAUAAACCCUUUUGAUGUAAGAGAAUUUAUAAGGGUAUGGUAUGGCUAAGGGAUGGGCAAAUGCAUUACAAAAUUCAUAACUGUAUGUUCAUAUAUUCUUCCAGUCAUAACAUGUUAUCGCAUUCAUUGUCAAAACA